GUCUGUAUAUGUUACUGUCAUUGCUAUACCAGCAUUACAACAGCAGCACCGCUCAAUUCACACCGCCACAGAUCAAGGAACAGGGUAGUAAUUAGAGGAACUGUGUCGGCCUGUUGAAGUGUCUUAAGAAACUGAAAACUUUUGCAAACUCUAAUGUGGGUUGUUAGUUGGACGCACCGCAGUCGUGUUGAAAAGGGCGGUCUGAGGCAGAUCUUUCUCAUGUAAACCUGUCUUUGCCUCUGUGCGUAUUCCAGCCUGAGCGGCGGUGUGUCUUCAUUGCGGGUCAUCGUCAUUACACUACAGCAGAUCAGUGACAGCACCUCCCCGGGGAGGUUAUGACAAGAGCGAUACCCGUGGACACAGCGGGGCUACCGAAACACACUCACACAAGACAGCGAGCUCCACAGUGGUGAUAUGAACACUCGCGCUGGCAUUGCAAGAGGAACAGUUUUUGGAAACGUGCCUUUAUUUUCCAGAACGCACUGAAGAAUGUGCAUUUUUGUUGUUAUCGGACAUUUCAACCAGUUUGUUUUUAGUUUUCUGUACUGGAUAAUAGUAUCAGGGCAGCGGGUAACGAAUCUACUUGAAGAAGACAGUUCGGGAAGGUGAAUGUUUUUUUAUCAUUCUAAAUGAUCACAUCUUGACAGUGGAUUACAAACAAUAGAGGAAGGAGCUGUGACACACACACACACAGAGAGAGAGAGAGAGAGAGAGAGAGAGAGAGAGAGAGAGAGGUUCUCUAAUAGAUUACUCAAAGUGAUAUCAGACCCAAGUUUUUGGAGGAAACCUCUUUUUUUUCUGGAAUGGCUUAAGUCACGAUUUCACGUUAGCGAGCAGUGUUGGCUGUUUUUACGAAAGUGUGUGGAUUAGAGCGGCGCGGAUCGGAUAGAGAGCGGAACGCGCAAAGGACUCGCUGCUCGUUCCUGCGCCCAGGUCGCUAUGGGAAGCUGUUGGUGCUGCCGAAGUUGUUGCCGGGCUUGCGGGUGCUUUCUUACCGAGGAAGAGAAAGCGGACGCCGCUAUAAACAAGGAAAUCAACAAAAUACUCCAACAGCAAAAAAUGAAAGAGAAAACCGAAAUCAAGCUGCUUCUCUUGGGGACUGGCGAGAGUGGAAAGACCACCUUCAUCAAGCAGAUGAGGAUCAUCCAUGGAGCUGGCUACUCUGAGGAGGAGCUACGAGCCUUCGCCAAGCUGGUGUACCAGAACAUCUUCACCUCCAUGCAGGCCAUGCUGAGAGCCAUGCACACCCUGAAGAUCCCCUUCGGGCUCCCCGACAGCCAGAGGAACAGCAGGCUGGUGUUGGAGGUGGACACUCUGCAGGUCACGACACUCGACCAGCAGCUCGUGGAGGUCAUCAAGAGCCUGUGGAGUGACCCGGGGGUGAGACAGAGCUACAGUCGACGGAGGGAGUACCAACUUCUUGAUUCCACCUCCUACUUCAUGGAUAAUCUGGAGCGCAUAGCCGCUGUAGGUUACAUCCCCACUGAGCAGGACGUGUUGAGAGUGAGAGUGCCCACCACAGGGAUCAAUGAGUACGCCUUCACAAUCAAUACGGUAUUCCUCAGGAUCGUGGACGUGGGGGGGCAGAAGUCCGAGAGGCGGAAGUGGAUCCACUGCUUCGAGAACGUGACGUCACUGAUGUUCCUGGCCUCUCUCAGCGAGUACGACCAGGUCCUGGAGGAGAACGAGAGCGAUAACCGCAUGGAGGAGAGCAAAGCCCUGUUCUACACCACCAUCCACUCCCGAUGGUUCAUCAAAUCCUCCGUCAUCCUCUUCCUCAACAAGGUGGACAUCCUGGGGGAGAAGAUCAUCACCUCCCACCUUGUUGACUACUUCCCCCAGUUCAAAGGCAGGAAGCAGGACGCGGGAGCGGCCAUGGAGUUCAUCAUGCACAUGUACAUGACCGAGGCGGAGAGGAAGGAGAAAGACAAAUACGAUGGCAGAAGCAGCAAGAAGAUGGUGUACCCCCACUUCACCUGCGCCACCGACACGAACAACAUCCGCUAUGUGUUUUCCGCCAUCAGAGAUACCGUGCUCCUCAACUCGCUCAAGGAGUUCUCUUUGCUGUGAGCGUAAAGCAGGCCAAGGGAUAGCGACAAGCCAGGCAGGGAGGCAGGGAUGCAUCCAAGGAGGCAGACACAUGGUCUCAUGGCCAUGAUCGAACCAUCAAAGAGGUAUUUUUGGAAAUGUGUAACCACUGAUGUCUGUAACUGAUUUGACAAAUGAUUUAUUGUGUUUAAGAGAGGCGAUCUAAAACGGAAGCAGACAGGCGGAAACUGGACAUUUCUUUCUGCGCUGAAACGUCACCAAAAGGGGGCGCAAUACCCUCACUCCAGCAUGUGGGGGAAGCUUUUGACUGACUGUCAUGUAAGAUGAGAAACUGUGUGUGACACUGACGAGCCAGCAGGGGGCACUGCAGCUCAGUUUCUGAAGCCUGUCUCUUUGGAGGCACGCAAUGGAAGUGGCAUCACUGGACUGUAACACCAUUAGUGUCUCUCUUCACAGCUCUCUCUAGACCCGAGAACACUUUGAGUUAGCAGAGCUGUGUUAUUAAACUGGGAAUCCUUUCCCACACAGGUGUAAUUGUGGUGCAGAAUUUGCACCCCUGAUUUAAGACUCUGGCGGUGGUCACAUGCCAGAAGAUUUCUGAAGUUUGAUUGCUUGCGCCAUGGUAAGCGCAAAGCGUGGUGACCCUUAUAAAAGGAAAAAGUGGGAAACUUUUUAAAGGGAACAACUAAAGAACUGUUAAAAACCUCUGUAAAUACAUGGAAGCUGGGGGGGAAGCAGGGAAAUUACAUGACACUAUUCCUUCUUUACGCAACUGUGAAUAACAUGGACAGUUUCACUUGGUUUCCAGUAACUAAAAAGUCUGUUUUUCUUCCUUCCAACCCUUAAGCAGAACACAUAGCUGCAGGCAGCGCCCUGCUAGCUUCUGCACAGAAAGCUUCAGAAAUCAAAUGAAAGCGAGGCGUCUGUUUCAGCUCGCCAGCCAUCUCUCCUCUCCCUUCUGUGAUCGCUCUGCAGUGCCGCACUGGUUUCGGGGGCAGUCUCGGCAGUUGAAGCAAACAAACACAGUGCUGGCAGUGUAACCUUAAGCCUCUGAGCCUCUCUUUGUUUGCUUCUGCCUCCAGACAACUGAACUUAUCCAUCUUUAUGAUUGGAUGAGCUGCGUGCUCGCCGAGAACGCACCAAGCAGGUCUUACGCGAGGAGUUGAGCCCCUUCUGCAGGGUUCAUUUCAAUACCUUCUUUCAUUCACAAAGGGUGAGAGAGGGAGUGUGGCCUCAUUGUCAUGGUGCACAAGCAUUUUUAAAAGCAGAGCUACUCUUUAGCAGAAUAACAUCUAUAGUGCGCAUCGCUUUUAAUGCACUGGCAGUGAAAGGACUGUAAUAUUCACCCAGGCUUUGAUGCACAAUGGAUGUUAUAUAGCUGUCAGUUUAUCAAUUGGUGUUUCUAGUGUCCUGUUGUCCUUGGAUAGAGAGCUGAGUUCUGGUUUUGAAUUCAAUCUCAUAUAGAUAGACAGAUAGAUUAUUUCUGAGAAAUGAGCCUAUUAUUUGAACCUUACAAUAUUUCUCUUGCAUGCUCAUGAUUAAACCACCAUUUCAUUCAAACAUAUUUUCUAUGUAUCUACUCUCAAGAAGCCAUGCGCACAGUUAUUAUAUCGAAGGGAAAUCACGCACACUCUUGUAAGGUCAGUAGUAACAACAUGAAUCAUUACCAUAAGGAUCAGAAAAUGUUACAAAACAACCCAACAUUUUGUCUCUUGUAAUACAACCAGCCCAGACCAGUGGGUGGAUAAACAGCUGCUUUGAUUUUCUUUAAUUGGGAACUCUGAGCACAUUCGCAGCAUUAGCAAUACUAACCAACAGCCACAGGCCGGGUUAUUCAUUUUAAUUGGGAGACAAACGCAGAAAACGUACGAGAGCUGAAACAUUAUAAAUAAAUAAAUGAACACACACACACACACACACACACACACACACACACACACACACACA